UGCCGUCUUGCAGCGUGUUAAAUGGACGACCGUUGAGCCCAGAGGACAUGGCGCUGCUCUCCCAAUGCGCGUGCGCGUGCGCGACCUAUAUUUGCUGAGUGCGGCGAGCAGAUCGAACGCAAGCCUCCGUGCCGCAUUCCGGGCCGUCGGGAUUUCCCCAUUUGAAGGUCGAAAUGCUCGAAGUUGCUGACGAGACUUUGCAACUGUUGCAGCGGGUUCGAAGUCUUCACUUUGGGUUUUAAAUGGCGCGUCCAUGAAAAGUCCAAUUCGAAGAGAAGGCGAACACGAGUCCGUUUUCCUCCGGAGGACGAAUUAUCGACCUCCGAUGCAUUUGCAUUUGAAACCCCCAGUGACAAGUUAGACGUCAUAAGGCGUCCAACUUUGCCAGUUGUGCUUCGCGUCCCCGUGACCUUCGCGACUGCCGUGACCUUGCCCUUUGAACGACGUCCUCGCCCCUCCCCCCAAAAGUGCAGCUUAUCAAAAAAAGUGCGACCGCUUUUGGAACGUCGUCGGAAAGGCAAAAGUGCUUCGUUAAGCGUGUUCAAAAAAAAAAAAGCACAUUUUGUGGGGCGUCAUCGAAGGGAACGGGGCUCGUUCUUGCUCUUUUCCCCAUCCGCACUUGGGCGUUGUGGAAAUGCACUUGAAAUCGAGCAACUUCCUUCUCGCUUCCUCUCAAACGCAAGUCGACGUCGGCGUUUGAUUGUUGUUUUGCUUCAAGCGGACCUCAAACUUCACCACUUUUGUUGUUUGUUUUUUUCACGUCGCGUUUCAGGGCCCUCAACGCAGUCGAACAAUCGGUCUUGCAGAAGUGAACGCACCCUCGUCUGAGUGUUCAUGGUGCUUUUUUUGCGUCGCACCUGCAAGCUCGACGUCUUUGGCGCUUUGCAUCCUAAUUGCCUUUCUCGCCGACGUCGCCAAUGCUCUUAAAAGCACGACUUGCGAAUCUGAAAUGCUGAUUGCUUGUGAACAGACCACUCCCCCCCCCCCAAAAAAAAACAAUGUUUUGCAUUCCGCCCAUACAUGAAGCAGACGAGAGCGUUUGUGCUUCUCGGUUCCUGCCACGAAAGUGACGAGCGGCGCUUACGUGACACUUCACCGGAGGAUUUAUUUGAAUUCCCACAGCAAGAAGGAGCAGGAGGGAUGGAGCAGAAGCGGGAGAGGUCUCCACCCCCCCCGGUGACGUCAUGCGGCAGAGAGGCGCUUUUGCACGCUCGGCUCGGUUGACGUCGCGGGCUCGCUUGUGCUUCUGGCUGUCGAUGCAAACCGGCGGCGGCGGCGGCGGCGGCGGCGGGACGACGCGAGCGCCACUUGGGAUUCGGACACGCACCGGAAAAGUAGCGAGCGAGCCGAGUCUCGCGUCGUCUUUUUCCUUCCGUUUCUUCUUUUCCUUUUUUUUGCUCUCGCUCGAGGUCGGAUUGCGGCGAGAAUGGAGCUCCCCGCCGCCGGGGGGCACGUCUUCGCGGUGGAGGGCAUCGAGAAGAAGCGAAUUCGCAAGGGGAAGAUCGAGUACCUGGUCAAGUGGCGGGGCUGGUCUCCCAAAUACAACACAUGGGAGCCGGAAGAAAACAUCCUUGACCCGCGCCUCCUUGUGGCAUUUCAGUACAGGGAGCGGCAGGAGCAGCUGAUGGGAUAUCGUAAACGGGGGCCCAAACCAAAACAUCUUCUGCUGCAGGUGCCUUCGUUCGCCCGGAGAUCGAGUAUCCCCGCGGGCUUCGAGGAAUCCUCCGCGGACGCGGAAGACGGCCCGAAGUCCGACACCGCCCCGGUCCGGCGCUCCCAGCCCCAGCAGUACCAGCUGAACAGCAAGAAGCACCAUCAGUACCAGCCCGGCGGCCGGGAGGUGCCCGUCGAGCAGCUGGCCAACAGCAAGAAGAAGUACAUCUAUCGGCUCAACGGCAAGAAGCACCACCGCUACGAGCCUGACCCCAACAUGUACGACGCUCAGGCCUCCAGGCUGAAGAAGGCGGUCGGAGUUCAGGAAGCGGCCGGUCGGCCCGCCGACACCGGCUGGAAUCUGCCUCUCGCGCUGCAGCAGAAAUGGGUUCGCGACAAAGACACGGGCUGCUUGAGUAAAGUGAAAGAGCUGGCGGUGGAGGUCGGAAAACCUGCUCCCAAAGUCGCGGAAAGCGAACGAGCGCUUAAGCCCAAUCCCAAGGACGCCACCCUGCCGACUUCUGUUAGCGGCAAAAUGAAGAUCAUCAAGAACAAAAACAAGAACGGACGAAUUGUUAUUGUCAUGAGCAAGUACAUGGACGGCAAUAAAGUUCACGGAGCAAAGGGCAAACACGGGGAAUCGUCGAGCGGAGAGAAAAGCCAAAACAAUCCCGCGCACGCAACCGAAAUGUUGGAGAACGGCAUUCCCAAAGAGAUGUGCAGCAGCAGUUCCCUCCCCGCCGCAGAACACCCCCAAAAGUGCUCCUCCAAGGACAGACAUUUCUUCAAGCCUUCGCCCAGCACGGCGGAGGAGUAUAACACGGAGGUCGCCCGGGGUCAGGCCGACUUACCCGACGAUCUGCCGCUGCGGCUGACCGCCGGCUCGCCCCCGACGUCUUGGCCGGCCGACGGCAACGUGGCCACGCCCGCCGUCGCCGACCCCAUCAGGAUUCCGUCCUACCCCGGCAGCCGGAAGAGGAAACUCUCCGAGCCCGCGGCCGAGCGCGGGGUUCCCGAGACGCCGUUUACUUCCAGGAGCCUCGGCGUUUCCAGAGCUUUCCAGCUCAGUCCGCCUCAGGACAAGCCUAUGGACCUUCACUGCGCCGGACGCACCGGAACGUACGCGGCGGACCGCGGCGGCGGCCAGGACGAGCCGAUGGAUCUGAGCCGCCCGAAGACUAACAGGCGGACGGGGCCGGAAAUCGGACCCGAACCCGAGCCGCGGCCUGAACUUCGACCCCGAGCCGAAGCGGCUCCCCGAGUCGAGGCCGCGCCGACGCCCGCCGUCCGGGAAGCAAGCCGGCACUCGCGGAAGACGACUCCAAAGAUCUGCCCUUUUAUGGGCAAUAUCAUCAUCACUGAUGUGACAACAAACAGUGUGACGGUCACCUUCAAGGAGUACGUUUCUUUCCGAGGAAGCCGCUGACUCCUUCUGUCCAUUUGUGCAUACUGUAAAAAAAAAAAACAUGGAGAUUUUGUACGUAUGCAAAGUUCUAAUUUAUCAUUCAAAUUGAAUAUGUUUCUUACAAUGUUUUAUACUGUAACUCUGAAACGUAGCCAAGCGAGCGCCCUCGAGGAUUUGAGUGAAUGCACGAAACGGGACGUGUUCCGCUAGUCUGUAUGCUGUUGUCUCAUACCUGUACCACACUUGUAAUCUGAGAUUUUUGGGGAAUCGAUGAGAUGCAUCAUUCGGGCUGCCGGCGAGCGCUGCAGAGGAACUUGAUCAAAGAUCAAAUUGAAAGCACUUAAUGACCUUUUCACCUGUCGCUUGUUGUCAUUUGCCGCUGCUCUCUUUGAAGACCUUUUCGUCGAUUUGGACUCGAUUCAGGGAUGAGCAUUUGAACCGAUGAAUCGAUCGUUAUCAUUUCGGUCGAUCGUGUGGAAUUGCUAGUCGAUUAAUCGUGUCCUGAAGCGACGAAUUGAUCAUUUAUCAAGGAAACGGAGUCCAAUGCCCAUCGCGAGUUCUUACCCGUUAUUGUUCAGCACACUUUAUUCACCGUCCCGGGAUUCAAAUGCGACCCGGACGCACGCACAAAUCAGGCAGAUACGGUUCCACACAGAAACGUGUCAUCUAGCGAACGCGCUGUUCGACACCUUAUGAGCAUGAUUCAUCUCAGCUCUUUGGUCAAGCUUAUGAAUAUUACGUGAUCCGAGAAGGCACGUGACUGCUGUUCGUUAGGGGCCGCGAACGACUCGCCGAUAGCUUUGCCGCAUCCAGCGAAGCAAUUUUAUCGUGAGCGCUAGCUGUUUUGUUUUAUGCUGCUGAGAAUGCAAACGUCGAGUCUGUUGGAUGUACAGUGGGAAUCACCUUCUCUACGCACACUGAAUGCAAAACCAGUUGAAGAAUGCUAAAAUCCUACGAGAAUGAAACGGAAACGAGCAUAUUUAUUGAAUUUGUCGCGGAAGAAGCUGCAAAGGAUCUUUUAACAAAUGUUUUCAUGUGUCCGAUGACUCAUUUGGCUUCUCUCGGUCUUUUUUUGUUUCGCUUUCAUGUGUUGGUUACAAAGAUCGUCAUGAAGUUGGUGAGGGAGUCUCUUGGCUUACUGCUGUUGGCGCAGUUUCACAAUAAAGAAAGAGAAGUUCCGA